AUGGCCCAUCUCAUCUCCGACGCCGGCGCCGGCUCCGGCGCCGGAGUCGGAGGCCAAAAGCCCCUCUGCUCCAUCUGCUACGAGGACCUCAAGCCCAUCAUCGAGGAUCUCCAAUCAAUCUCUCUUUGCGGUCAUGUCUUCCAUGAGCUCUGCCUUCAACAAUGGCUGGAGUACUGCCCCUCAGGGAAGAAGCCAACUUGCCCCAUUUGCAAGCAAUCCUGCUCCCAGAAAAGCCUCACUCGCCUCUACUUCCAGUCCUCUGGCGACGCCACCCAGCUUCUUCACUCCGAUGGCAUCGAUGCUGAAGCAUUGGGCGAGAAAGUGAAGAGAUUGGAAGGGAAGCUUUCCUCCAUGACUUCCAGUUUCCAAAGCCAGCAGAUGCAUCUCCAGGAACUCAACAAAGAGCUUUCUAAAUGGAAAGAGUUUGUGAAAUUAGAAGAGGCUAGGAAUGAAGAAGUUAGAAGUGAGAAUAAGUGUUUGGAUAGAUUGGUUCGGCAAAAGAACGAGGAACUAUCGAGGAAAUCAUCGGAGUGCUUGAAGUUAGAGGAGAGGAAUCUGAUGCUUGCUAAAGAGCUCGCCGCAUUGAAGUUGGUGACAGACUUGAACCUUGGGGAGGAGGAGAUGGUGAAACUUGCGUCUAUAGGUCAUGGUGCUAACCAUGCUAAUGUUAUCGAUGUUUUGAAGAGCUCGCUUGCCCUCCGUAACAAGAGCUACAAAGAAUUGAUGGCAAAGUGCAAUGCAUUAGGAAGAGCCGAAGCUCGAACUCAACAGAAAUUUGUUAAGGCAAAAGAAAAGAUAAAAAAUUUAAAAGUAAGACUACAGGAAUUGGAGAGGGCUGUUGAGGAAAAAGAAAAUGUGACACUCAGGAAACUUAAGACCUUCACUCUGUUGAAACCUGAAAGAGUGAAUACUGACCGUGCCAUGCAGAAUAGCAGUUCAAUUGAUAACCGUCCGUUACAAGAUCAAACUGAGAAUUGUGUGAGAAACAGAGAACUUAACUCUAGUAAUUGCCUCAACCAUUUGAGCGGACACAUAGAAAACACUUCUCUUCAAAAGGAUUUCACUUCGUUGACGUACAAAGAAUGCAAAGACACUGUGGAUAUUGACGAUGAUGAACUUCUUUUAAAAAAUUUAGACACUUUGAUAUCUUCAAGAAACAAAAAUAGUUCAGCUGCUCAUCUUUCAUAUCGCCAGAAAUUACAAAAACAUGCUCAUGGUGCAGAUGUCCAGAGAGAAUAUGUUGACCAAGAAUGUGUUUCCUCUUCACAUCUGCGCAUUAGUCUUGCAGGAGAAUCCUCAAUUUCCAGCAGUUUCAGACAAAGGGAUGAGUGGGAUACUACAAGAAUAGCUUUAGAUAGAAAUGUGAAAGAUGUAACCAGUUCAACUAAGGAUGUAGAAGCAGUCCUGGCGGAUGCUGUGCACAAGCACCAACUUUCAGCAAACAAAGAUAUUCAAGCUCAUGAAUUUGCUGCUUGCCCUAGGGAUCCAAUUCUUCAUGGACAUUUUGGGCAAGAUUUCACCACAAGAAAUGUGAGUAAGUGGGGAAGGCUGGCAGAGCAUAAAGCUUCUGCAUCUGCAUCUCUUGGCACACAAGCACAAGUAAACAAGAGAAGUUUGAUUACUGUUGGAGCUGAUGGGAGAGGAGGAAAAAUCAAAGUCCUCAGGGCUCAUGAUCAAUACUUGAGUGUCAAGGAGCAAAAAUUGGCGAGCAAAAGAUGCAAGUUAGGAGCCAAUCAAAAUGGUCAGUUUCAGAUAGAGCAUUUCUUUGAGAAAAAUUAGGAGGUUCAUUAUAUAAAACUGAGCAGGCCAAGUAUUUGUUUCUUGUUUCCAUGUUUUCUGAUCAUUGAUGUAUUCUUUUGUUGAUCAGUUACAUGAUAGGCCAAAUUUUGUGAAGUAUUUAGGAUGAAAUUUUUAUUCCCGUCAUAAUUAUGAUUCAAGAAAAUUAGUCUUUGUAGAUAAACAGGGAUCCUGAUUAUGUAAAUUGAGAUUUAUCUCAAUUAAAAGUUUACUUCUUGAAUGAUAUACAAUUUACAAACAAGACAUUGUAAACCAAUGAGGAUAUUCUACAAAAUGUAUAAUUCACUUUUCCAAAUUACUCUUUUAGUCUUUCUAUUUUAAAUUGUAAUUUUUUGAAUUUUUUUUAUUAUUUUAAUUUAGUCAUGUUAGUUUUUUUUUAAACCAUUAAGAAAAAAGACUGAUAUGAUUCAUUAAAGCAGUAAAAAGACUAAUAA